UUCAGUUGUGUUUCAGUUUGUUUCCGAACGCACGCGCAAUGGACAAAGAACCACCCACAGCUUUCGAAGAUGCUUUGGAAAAAACUGGUAAUGGCUUGUACAACUUCCUUCUGGUUCUCACUUGUGGGCUGAUACUUCUCGCGAUCGGCGUGGACCUCUUUGGCUUCGGACUCGUGGUAGCAGCCGCCUGUGACCUCAAUAUCACCGUCUCUCAGAAGGGAAUCUUAACAUCACUGCCCUAUGUUGGUAUCCUGCUAGUGUCCUUCCCGUGGGGCUACAUCUCCGACACUCGGGGCCGUAAAUUUUCACUCAUGGUGUCCGUCCAAGCUGCCUUCGUGUUGUCCUGUCUCGCCAGCGUCUCUACCAACUGGUUGUUCCUCGCUCUGAUGAAGUUUUUCUCCGUUUGUUUCUCAUGCGCAGCUAAUUCCGCUACUUAUACUCUAGUUGGAGAAUCAUGUAUCAAGCGAGUAAGAAGCAAGUAUAUGCUGUUAAUGACUUGCCUACUUAUCUUAUCACCAGGAAUAGGAGCGAUUUUAACGUACCCGACACUUUUAUUAAACUUUAAGUCUGAAAUACCCUUACUUGGUAUUAAUUUUACACCGUGGCGUCUCCUAAUCAUCGUCCUGGCGAUACCUUCAGGGAUUGGUGGUGUCGCUAUCUGCUUCUUUCACGAAAGCCCUAAAUUCUUGACAAACUGUGGUCGGAACGACGAAGCAAUAGAAGUAUUAAGAUCCAUGCACGCUAUAAACAAUCGUUGUUCUAAGGAAAGUUUUCAAAUAACGUCUAUAUAUUUGGAAGAUGCAGUAUCAACGAAGCAGACCUCUUUAUUUCGUGCUAUGUACGAGCUGAGUGCCCCUCUUUUCCGACCGCCUAUGCUAUGGAGGACAUUACAACUCUUCUUUAUUGUAGCUGUUGUGUAUUUUACUAAUAACAGCCUCUUAGUAUGGCUGCCCUACGUCAUGAACCUCGUGAGGAUGAACCUGAGUCAGAACACAACCGCCACCGGAGAUAUCUGCACAUUGAUCUCUUUAAAACAGGAGUUAAUUACCGCGUCUACCAACACUACUAUAAAAGUGUCGCCAGAUAUCUGCCUCGGAUACAUCGAAGACAAUGUGAUCAUAACGUUAUUCACCGCUCAAUGCAUUUAUGCGUUUCUUACCUUCGUGAUCUCGUACCUGAUGAAAUGGAGGCGGAUUGUAUUAUUGUCAAUCUUAUGUAUUUCAACUGUAAGCGGAGCCUUACUCAGCUUAAUGCCUGAGCCCAUUUCAAGUGUGUUUCUGUUUAUGGUGUUCACUUGUACCAACCUCGGUAUGGGGAUACUAGCUUCGUAUUUUGUUGAUUUAUAUCCCACUUCUUGUAGGGGUAUGGUAGCAUGUUUAAGUAUUAUGGUUGGUCGGACCAGCACGUUUAUUGGUAUCAACGUCGUCGGCAACCUCAUCUUCUACCACUGCCAUAUCACAUUCUAUAUGUGGUCGCUCCUCGUUUUUAGUAGCGUUAUAGCAGCUUGGUUUCUGCCUCCAGACAAGCCUUUGAAGAAUUGAACUUUUUAACAUAAAUAUAUUUAAUUAUUGCCAAUUAUAUGAUCUGUGAUUUAGUGUAAUUAAGAAUAUAGCUUUGUUAUUUACCUAGUUAAUAAUUAUAUUACAUUAUUAAGAUUACGUUAAAUAACAUAUAAUAAUUGAUUAUAUUUUGCAUAUGAAGCGAGAAAUCCAUGCAAUAUGGAAUAAAAUGUUGCUAAUAUUCAAAGUCGAAAUAUAUAACGUUGAUGUAGUGA